GCAAGUCGCCUGCCGGUACAGACGCAAUCUUAUAAAUACAUUUUUUUAUUCUCCAACAUUAAAAACAUAAAAUUUAACCCUUCAUAGCUGGUGUCGAGUGAAACAGUGGAUGUCUUAUCAUCGACCACGGCUCCAGUGUCGUAUUUAUCGUCCGUAAAAUAAAGUGUUGUGUCAGAAUUUUGCACUGCAAGUUUUGCAUGUAAGAGAAUCCUGUGUUGUGCUUAGUUCGAGUGAAAUUUGUUUCUGUACAGCACGCGGUUCGGAUUAAGUCAAGUUCAUUGUGAGUUUUAUCUUGAUCACCGAAACUGGACAUGUGAGGGGGAUUCAGUAUGCUAGGGGUCACGUGACCGCAUGGCGUCCGAGGCGCGCUCGCGUUCCCCGCAAGAUGGCGCACGCAGGAGGCGGGAAAACACCAGGUCUCCGUACGUGACGCUGGGAGCGGUGCGGUACUCGGUGCGUCGUGUUCCGCCGCCGCGCGCCUGCCCGUGCCGCUGCUGCUCCGAGGAGGCGGUGGCGGCGUGCCUCGGCCGGGCCAAGCCCGACAGACGCACGCUGGAUCGCAUCCAACGCCACCUGGGCCGCGGCUCGCGAGACGAGCGGCCCUCGCGCCACCAGCGCCUCCAGGCGCUCACCGACCUGCUACGGCCGCGACCGCACCAGCCCCCGCCGCCGCCACCGCUUCCGCCACCACCGCACACUGCACCAGUACUGCCACCAGUACCGCCGCCGCGUUUGCGCCACAGACACAGCCCGCCGCGAGGAGCUUCCGUUGAUCGUUGCGACGAAUUCGAUGCAGACAACAUCACUUUGGUGCGCGUUGAACCUCGAUCUAUUGUAGGUUCAUACGCUCAGAAAACUAUACCGUAUCGCAGCGCGUCUUUUUCACAGGGUGACUUUGCACAAGAAAAAUAUUAUCGAGAGUCGAAGCGUCAGCCGUCCGCCUUCGAUUUCGGAAAAAGGACUAUAAAGGCAGCAAGUCCAAUCGUAGCGCGACUAGAUACAGAAUCUUCUAGUAACGCAACUGAUGAAAAUGUAACUGAAGAAGGAUCGAUAGCCUCAGUGGCAUCCGUUGACUCUGCAGUUGGAUCCGAUGAAGGACUUUUAACCCACGCGUCUGCAGCAGGUCGUUCACCACCUUUGGAUGGACCCCACAAAAUAUUAGGUGCACGGUCGCUAACCCAUCCUUUGCCGAGACGAAUACCACCUGUAAGAGAAGAAGGACCGUCAGAAGCUGGUGGAAGUCUGCCUGCGUUGAUGGCACCGCGUGUCUUACAUGAACUACGCGAAGAAAGUGAUGGUUCUCAAGCUGACAGUGCCCAAGCUCACAGUGAAGGAACUUCACCUUUGGAACCCAAUCAACCAUUUUCGUUCCCCCCUUUACCAGAUCCUCCAGCAAAUGCUUGUGCCAAUAUAGACUGUGAUUGUUCGCAUUUCCCUGUGACUGUUGAUAGCCACGGAAUUGACGUUGAAUCGAGUGAUAUUGCGAGUUCGAUACCAGUGCCGGUAUAUGAGUGUAUAGUGAAACAGUGGUCAAAGGAGUUACCUCAUGAAGAACUGCACCGUUCUGACGGCGCUUCGGACGGUUCGCUAGACAGAGACAAAGAAGAUGAAACGAUAACAAGUGAACAAGUUGCUAAUCUGCUCGCUGCUGUGCAAAAUCCUUGCACACCAGCCCCUAUAGGUGCUAGAGAAAGAAGAAGGCCUCUUGACAAGACGAAAAGGCGGAAAGGAAUUUAUAUAACAACACCAAGCGACGAGGGGGGAGAAGAAGAUCCACCUUCGUUGAACGGGUGUAAGCGCGAAAGCAGUGACGCGUCACUACAAGACAUGCGUUUAUCUGCAGAAACUAGAACAUCAUCAAUACUCGGUGAUAAAUCAGAUGAUUCGUUCACAAACGGACCACCUAGUCCGUCCGAUUCGAUGGCUCCGAUAUGGCCUCGCUCAGAGGAAGUUAAAUCGAGACGAGCUAGAUUUUACCAGCAAAGUUCUGAUGAGCGGGACGAUGACUCAUAUCAACCAAGACGAAAAUAUGGUGAUUCUCCGUCUACAGUGACACUUGUUCUCGUGAAUGAUAGUGACACUUGUUCUCGUGACCGAACUGCUUCACCUUCGGAUACUUCUGACGUUGAAGCCAAACGACAGCAGUUUUGUCGUGGACCUUUUGGUAAAAAUUUAGAAGCUCCACCGAGUCGCUCAGUGGAAGUGGGUAGAAGAAGUUUUUCUGAUGCAACUGUUCCAAGUCGUAAAACAAGUGUUGGUGCUAUGUCAGUGGGGAGCAGGGGUCGUGGGCCUACACACGUUAGGGCAACCUCGUCACCAUCAAAACUGGCUGGCGUGAAACCAGGCACGGACUUGUUGGCUGAGCUCCUACGAGGGAGCUCCGAGGCGCUUUCCAACUCCUCAGCGUUCGACAACGUGAUCCUGACGCUACAUCAACACAAUGUAAGUACUUUUUAUUGCACUUUAUUUAAAGCUUGCUUUGUACAGUCACUAUUGACCCCGAUUACAUCCGCAAUGCGAGCAACAAAGCAAAAUUUUGUUAUGUUUAUCUUAGCAGAAAAUAGCAUGCUCCAGGCAAUCAUUAAAAAUCUUAAGGGCGAUACAGCUUAUUUUAAUGCUGUCACUACUAAACUCGUAAAUAUCGCCAAGGAUAUUUUGAACGGGAAAAGAGAAAGAGCGUCCUCCAUAUCCAAUUCUCCGGCUGUUAAGGACGACUGGUACAUUGAGCCGGCUUCUUGGAAGCUUGGAGCUUGA